AUUUAUUUAUUUAUUUAUUUUACUUUAUUCAAUAUCUUAGUACACCGCAAAUAGAAAAAUAAUAAUAUAAAAAUGUAUUUUUGGAUAUUUAUUCUUAUCUUAUCAAACUAUUAUUGCGAUGAUCACGAAGUUAUGCCUAACAACUCAUUUGAACUAUCUGGCUUUUUUAAUGGUUGUAGAUUUUUUAGGUUUGUGUUUUAAUUACAAAAGUUUACACAAUAUAUUAUAAAUAAAUAUAGAUUUUGUUACAAGUGAUUUAUCGACUACUUAUUGUAAAUUUUCAUUUUAUAAUAAAUUAUAAUCACAAAAUAAUCCGUUACGAAGAAAAAAUACUUUCAAAAUGUGGCCAGAAAUAGAAAAGGCGAAAUCGGAAAAUAGACACGAAUUGGUAUUAACCGGUAAAGAAAUAAGUUCAAGAAUUGAUAAAGAUGGAUUGGAUAUAUCAAUAUAUACCUUAACCGGUUUAAAUUAUUUGAGCCUAAGUGAAACAAAUCUAUCUGAAGUUGGUGAUAAUAUUUGCAACUUAAUGAAUUUACAAACUUUGGUGCUACAUUCUAAUGAAAUAAAAAACAUAAAUGAAAACAUAUCAAAAUUGAAUAAGCUGAAAAUGUUAGAUUUAUCUAGAAAUAACAUACAGUCUAUUCCAGACAGUUUUGCAAAUUUACCACUGGUUACUCUAAAUUUAAAUGUAAAUAAACUAGAGAGUUUUCCUGAGUUCACAAAGAAUACAAAACUUACUGUACUUGACUUAUCAAAUAAUAAGUUAAAUCGAUUUCCCCCAAUAUGUUCAGAAGAAUUGAUUAAUUUACUUGAGCUUAAACUACAUGGAAACAAAAUUGAAGAGAUUCCAAAUAAAAUAAGUACUUUGCCAUCAUUGAAAUUACUGGAUAUAAGUGAUAAUAAGUUAAAGACACUUCCUGGGGAGUUGGCAGAUUGUCAGAAGUUAAAAGAACUGAAUUUGAAAGCCAAUCCAAUAUCAGACAGGCGACUUCUAAAGCUGAUAGAUCAAUGUAGGACUAAACAAGUUUUGGAUUAUGUCAAACAACAUUGUGUUAAAACAAUUGUAAAUGAGGAUGGUGGAAAUAAAGGCAAAAAUAGGAAAAAAACUAAGAGUAAAGAAACAGAUGAAGAAGAUAAUGAUUCUACUAAUUACAAGUAUUCUAUAAAUGUUAAAAAUUAUAAUGAAGACUUUAAGGUAGUAAUAAUGAAUGCUGUUAAGACUGUACGGGAACAUUUCUUAGGUUGUAUUGUGAAUAAUGUAUCUUUUACCGAUGAUACAUUCAAAAGAUUUAUUCAGUUACAAAAUAAGUUACAUGACACUGUUUGUGACAAAAGAAUUGCUGCUACAAUUGCAACACAUGAUUUUAAUAAACUGCCCCUUGGUAACCUAAUUUAUACCACAGCUCUACCAAGUGAUCUCAUGAUAAAACCUCUAAACAGGAGCAAUGUAAUGAGUGGAUCUGAUUUGUUUGCUAAACUUCAGACAGAAGCAAAUAAUUUAAGAAAGGAAAAGAAGAGAAGCACAUACAGUGGGAUCCACAAAUACUUGUACCUUAUUGAAGGAAAAUCCCAAUAUCCUUGUGUAUUGAAUUCAAAAAAUGAAGUUGUAUCUUUUCCUCCAAUAACAAACUCGGAUAUUUCUAAAAUUGAAACUACAACCACACAUAUUUUUAUUGAAGUUACCAGUUCAGUGUCUCAACUUGUAUGCAAAAAUGUUUUAAACAACCUUGUAAAAGAUAUGGUACUACUUUUUGAAAAAGAUUUGAAUGUGCAGCAGGUGAGAGCUGUAGAUCAGAGUGAACAAUUAAAAAAUUUGUAUCCUUCAAAGAAUGACCUUAUUUUUGAUAAAGGAGUGCCUAUUAAAAUUUGUAGGGAAUAAAAUGUAUCUAUAAUAUCUAAAUUACAUUUUAAUAUGCUGUUAUCAAAUUCAUAAAUUUGAUGUGGGUUAAAAACUAAUUAAAAAUUAUUGUCUCUUUGUCUGUAAGAAUAUACUCCUAUUCUUUCCCAUUAAGAAUGGGACAUAAAACAGUUGAAUAUUCUGAUUAAAAAUGUGACGAUUAAAGGAAACAUGCUUAGGUAAAAUGUUACUAGUUUCCGAAAUAUAGGGUGUUAAAGUUGAAAAUCCAAAAAUUAUUAAUGACUAUAUUUUUUAUUAUUUAGUAUAAUUUUACUAAAUUCAGCAGACGUUUUUGGUGUCAUAAUAUCAGCAAAAAAAUCAGUUAAAUAAACUAAGUGGUGUACGACAUAGGUAACACCUCCCUUCUAAAUAUUACCCCUCGUAUUUGGACUAUCAUUUUUUUAUGUUUUUUAAAUAAGUCAACUACUAUUGUUGGAAGUGACUCGUUUUCAACACGUUCACUCUAUUUUAUUUGGAAAUUUUGAUAUUUUUUAUAGUUGUUUCGGAAACAAGUAACAUUUUACCUAAAUGUUUGGUUUAUUUUUUUUAAUCAGAAAUUCUUUAGUUAUACCAUGUCCUAUUCCUAAUGGGAGACCCUGUAUACAAGGAGUAAUCUAAUUUUUAUUGUUAAAAAUGUAAUUAUUUUUAAUGACAUCUGGUAAUAAUGGAAAGUUACCAUUUCAUGUAUUUAUUCAUGAAAGUUAUGAUCCAGAAACUACAUUUUAGUUAUAUUUAAUUUAAAUAAUUUUCAGUUAUAAUCGGGUAUCAAUUUAUUUUUAAACCAGUUUUGUGCUUGCUUCAGUUAUAGGUUUUUUUUUCAAUUAGGUAUAUUUUAAUGUUUUUCAUUUUUAUUUACCUUUACAUGCUUUAUAUAUUUAUU